AUGAAGAGGAUGUGUAUGGGAGGGAUUCGAACCUAUAAGGCUAUAACUCAAUGUCCACUCAAAUGUUCAUCGAGUGAUGAUUGGGGACUCAUUUGGGAUGAUGAUAAUGAUGAGGAGAUCCUCUUAGAAGUAGUUAUGUAUCAGCUGAAACUGAAGAAAAAGAAACACAAGAUUUCAAGUCAGCCCCUUAGAGAGGCCUAA